AGCUGGUGCAACGUGGUAUGCAGCUGUCUAGCCGUAAUUUAUAGCUGAAAAGUGCCGAAUAUUCGGAGCAAGUUAAUCUUUAUUGGGGGUCCUCAAAUCUUGACUAGCAGACACCUAGUCGCAGAAUGACUUAUGAAUCGUGAUAUUAACUCGUUAUCUACUGAGUUGGUGUAUUUCUGAACCGAGACAAGAUUUCGUAUAAAAUGAGCUAUACCGUUAGCUGACGUUUUUAGUCGGUUUUAAGCGAUCAAUUGAUCCGUUUGUGUACUCGGUUGGAUUUUCAGAACAAAAAUAAUACUCGGAAGGUGAAGUGUGGCUACGCGUGCGAUUAAUCACAUUGGAAAACUGAACCGUGCUACCGGAAACAGGAAAACCACUUAUCAAUCCAUUAUGUUAAUUAUGAUGGAAAGUUUUUUAGCGGUAAACGCGUCGUUAGUGCGCGAUUAGAACUCAUUCAUCAUUAGUUCAGAAUCCGCCGAGUGCCAAGAACAGAAACUUUCGCUCGCAGAAGGUGAUACUAGCUAAGUGCGCUACCAGCUGUUCCAAAGUAUCCCGGUUUGAUUUGGGCUGAAGAAUUUUUGUUUUUGUUUAUUUUCUGCCGAAACCGGUAAUUUGUGCAACGUUGCGAUGAAUGGCGAUAUGACAGAAGUGAACGGAUUCCACCAGCAGCGUAGCGAUGCUGCCAUCAUGGAGAGUAUGCUGCUGGUGCGGUUCGAGCAUGCCAAACGACAGGACAAAGAUUACUCACAUCUGUUCAGGAAAAAAACCCGCCUGGAAAUUAUACGACUAUCUUUCUACCAGCUGGGCGUCGAGUUCUGCUAUGCGGCCGAAACGGCUUUCGUGACACCGCUGCUGUUGAGUAACGGCCUCAGCUAUACCUUCAUGACCAUGGUGUGGGCCUUUGCACCGGUUCUAGGUUUUUUCUUCGCACCAAUGAUUGCCUCCUUCAGUGAUCGGGUGCGGUGUGCCUGGGGCCGACGGAGGCCAGUGCUGCUGGCCCUAGGUUCGGCGUGUAUUACGGGGCUUCUGAUCCUGCCACACGGCAAGGCGAUCGGAAUACUACUAGGGGAUGAAGACGUUCCGGUUGAACUGAUGACUGGCUUUCGGUGGGGUAUCCUGGUGACGGUGAUCGGUUUGGUGCUGACGGAUUUUGACGUCGAAACGAGCAGCGGAGUAGGGCGAACCUAUUUCAUGGAUGUUUGUAUUUUGGAUGACCACGCUCGGGUUCUUACCACGGCAAUGGUGAUAGGUGGUAUUGGCGGCACUGGAGGUUAUAUGCUAGGGGCUAUUGACUGGCUUCAAACAGAUCUCGGUUCCCUCAUGGGAAGCAAUGAAGCGACUGUAUUUGCAACCGUAGUCGUGGUUCUGGCCGUUGGCCUUAUUGUGUCACUUACCAGCUUUCGAGAAGUGUCACUGCCACGGAUGGAAAAGGACGAACUGUUGCGGCCGAUCACUAAAACCCGCUUCGAGACAGAGAAACGCAAGCAGCUGACUAUUGUCUAUAACAUUUCUAAUCUUGUGGUUGAUCCGAAAAAGCCACCUAUUUCUACCAGCAUUCCAAUCGAAGAUGACGAACCACCGCUCACCUUUUCCCACUUCAUGAAGGGUCUGUGGAACAUGCCUCGAUCGUUACUGAUUCUCUAUCUGACGCAAUUGCUCUCUCAGCUAGGAUAUCUUAGCUAUUGUCUUUACUUUACGGAUUUUGUCGGAAGUGCCGUUUUCCGUGGUGAUGUUGCUGCACCUGAAGGAUCUCCUGAGCUGGCCCUGUAUGAAGAAGGUGUCCGGUUUGGUUGCUGGGGAAUGGCUCUGUUCACAUUUUCUGCUGCUCUCUACUCACUUUUCAUAGAAAAGAUUAUCAAAUGUUUCAGUACUCGUCCUGUUUACAUAGGUGGUCUACUGACCUACAGCAUCGGAAUGCUACUCAUGGCCCUGUUUAACGAGCGCUGGAUGGUAUUUGUGAGCUGUCCUACGGUCGGCAUUAUGUAUGCAACAAUCUACUCAAUUCCAUUCCUAGCCAUUUCUCAGUAUCAUGCGAAUGAUUCGUUCGCCAUGAAGGAUGGAAAGCUAGUCGAGUGCAGUCAUCGUCGUGGUUUCGGGGCAGAUGUCUCUGUGAUGAGCAGUAUGCUGUUCCUUGCUCAGCUCAUAAUUUCGCUCGCUAUCGGAAGCAUUAUAGACGCAGUUGGCAGUACGACGGUGGUAAUCUAUUCGGCAAGCUUAUUCUCGUUUCUCGCCGCGAUUGCCGCAAGCCAGGUGCUGUAUAUGGAGCUUUAAGCGUGUUACCGUUGCUGGUGCUGCAGCUGCCUUCGAGCAACACAAACCGUAACAUAGCGUUACGUACGCGGUGUUUAUUUGAGCGACCCGCGAAUCCGGUGCAAUCAAUAUAAGACGCAUUCUUCUCUUCCCGCUACACCCCAUCUCUUACACAACCGUCCACGUAGUGGCAAUUCGACAGUCAGAGUCCAGCUCACAUCAAAUGAAACAGCCGUUGGAAGUGGAAAGCUGUGAUUUCUUUCCAUUGUAGACAAUUGUUGAAAUGUGAUAUACUUUCUGGUACGUCCGUCUGUGCCGGGAUUAUUUAUUUUAUUUCAAAUUAAAUAUCUAAACUUACUCUA